GUCAAGGCAGUAGUAACUGAAACUUUUACUUCUAACAAAAAUUAUUUUGAUGAUUAUAUAAGUAUAUUAUAUAAAUAUAUUAUAUAAAUAUUAAUUAGAACGAAAAAAAGAAAAAGAAAGAAAAUUUAGAUAAUAUAUUUUCUUUAUUAAUAAAAAAAAGUAACUUAACCUAAUCACUAUUAUUAUAAAAAUUUUUUAAAGUAACUCUUUAAAUUAUAAAAAAACAAAAAAUGUCUAAAUUAACUAAUAUGUAUUACUCACAAUAUGAAAGUUCUAUAGAAAGUGAAGCUGCUUAUGAUUCUGAUAAUUCAGAUACAUAUAAAAUUUUAACAAAGUCACCAUCUCAUGCUCAAUUUUAUAAAUAUAUUGAACGUAGAAAUGAUGAAGAAUUAUUACAUGAAUCUUGGAAAUUUACAAUACGUGAACAAAUAAAUCUUGCAACAGAGAUUAAAGAACAAUGUGGUAUGGAAGUUAAUCUAACAGAUAAUCAAGUAUGUUAUAUUUAUAAACCUGGUAUAGAUGAAACUCAUAUACCAGGCAUCAAAUUUAAAAUAACAUUUGUUUAUAUUAAACUAUUGCGUAAAUGGUACAUUAGUUUAGGACAUAGUCGCCUUCCAGAUGUAAUAACCCUUGAGAAUAAAGUAAAAAGAGUAUUACAAAGUUUAAAUCAACGUCCUGGACAACCUAUAAGCAUGCAGACCAUGCAAAAUAAAAUACCAGGUAUGGGUAUGAUGCCUGCUCAAACUAGUGGUCCAAUGAAUCAUAUGGGUCCAAUUCAAACCAUGCAAACUAAUUCAAUGUUAACACAACUAAAUCCAAUGGCUCAAGGAAAUAUGUCUCAGCAAAUGAAUCAAAUGGUUCCUAAUCAAAUGACACAAAUCAAUUCAGGACAAAUGCAGCAGAAUAUGCAAACUCAAAUGCAAAGUCAACUAUCUAAUCAAAUAAAUAAUCAAAUUACUGGAUCUAUAAGUGGAAUCCAAGCAAAUUUGCCACAACAAAUGAAUCAGAUUGCUCCAGGACAAUUAGGUCCUGGUCAAAUGCAACAACAAUUAAGUCACAUGCAAAGAAAGCAAGGUGAAAUGAUAAAUGCUGGUUUUCCUGGGCCUCGAAAUGUUACACCAACUCAAUUUUUAGGUCAAAGUCCAUCACCAUCUGCUCCAAGUCCUGCUGGUUUAGGUGCACCAUCAAGUAAUCAAAUGGUAGCAUCACCAGCAUUAGUUCCUUCACCUAGUCCACAACAUGCUAUGAUGGCAGGACCACAACGAUCUGUAGGCAUGGCACCAUCUCCUAGCAGUUCCUUGAAUACUCCUGGAGGUGUGGGGGCUACCCCAAGCCCACAACAAGAAGACCAAGCUUAUAGAGACAAAGUUAAACAAUUAAGUAAAUAUGUAGAACCUCUACGAAGAAUGAUUGCUAAGAUGGGAAAUGAAGGAAAUGUUGAUAAAUUAAGCAAAAUGAAGAAACUUUUAGAAAUUCUAUCGAAUCCUAGUAAACGAAUGCCUUUAGACACAUUAUUGAAAUGUGAAGUAGUUCUUGAAAAAGUAGAUUUUAAAAGAAGUGAUGCUAGUGUUGGACCUCCAGUUACAACAUUAAAAGAACAUCAUUUCUUUAGUCCACUUUUAGAAGCAGUAAGCACACAUCUUCAGAGUCCAGUGGUAAAUCAUACAUUACAACGUACUUUUGGUCCCUGUUUAGAAGCUUUAUUUGGUCCAGAAAUAAAAAAUUUACCACAACCACUAAAAAAACAAAAAAUAGAAGAAUCUCCUAGUGAAAUACCAGAUGUAUUACAAGGAGAGAUAGCUCGAUUAGAUCAACGAUUUAAGGUCAGUUUGGAUCCAGCACAACAAACUGGAUCAAAAUGUAUUCAAUUGAUAUGUUGGUUGGAUGAUCGUCAUCUUCCAUGUGUUCCACCUGUCUCAGUAACAGUUCCUGCUGAUUAUCCAUUGACGCCACCCCGUUGUGUAAUGGCACCUCACGAAUAUGCCACAACAUUUCUUUGCGCAGUUCAGAAAGCUCUAAAUGCACGUAUAACAAAACUUCCUCGACGUUUUUCUGUAUCUCAAUUAUUAGAUACUUGGGAAAUGAGUGUGAGACAAGCUAGUGCACCUUCACAAAUUCCUGUUACUGCUAGUACUGUAUUAAUGGGUUUAUAAUAUAACUUUGCAUAUAUUAAAGUAUUUAAAAAAUAUUUUAUAAACAUAAAGUAAUUAUAAUUAUAAA